UUGAAUACUCCUCAAGACAUUCAGAAGACAAUAUUAAAGGGAAUCAUUAACAGCUUGUUACAAGAAUGGAAAAGUCCAUGAACAAAAGAUUAUCUUAGAGCAUAUUUUAUACUUUUACAGAAUCCUCAAUUUAAUAACACAUCUACAUAUGUCAUCUAUGCUCACUUGCUACGACAGAUAGCUAUGUUAGUGGAAGUUGACCAUCAUUUCCUAGUUCACUGGUUUAAAAAAUUAUCCCAGAAGAGGUUCAAACAAUUGCUAGAGAGAUUGCUGCAGUUUAUUUCUUUACACCUGUUUCCUGCAAAGCCUGAAGAAUUUCCACCUAUAUCAAAGUGUUCCUGGUGGAUCCCAUCAUCAUCUAAAGUGUUGGCUUUACUUAAUACUGCAAACAAUUUGGUUCUUCCUCCCCUUAUUCCUUAUACUGAUUUCUAUAAUUCUACAUUGGAUCAUAUUGAUCUCAUGGAAGAAUACCACACCUGGCAGAGCUUUGGAAAUUCUCAGCAAAGUCUGGUGGAUAAAGUAUCUAGAAGAGAGAGACCUGAUAUGAAUAUGUUAUUUCUAAAUAUGAAAGUAAGGUGGACAUAUCUGGUCAGCGAUUCUCUUGAUGAGUUAACCCGGAAAAGAGCAGACUUGCAAAAGAAGUUGAAAGUUACCUUUGUAGGGGAAGUUGGUUUGGGUACAGGCGGCUUGACUAAAGAAUGGUUCCUUCUUCUAAUUCGACAAAUUUUUCAUCCAGAUUAUGGCAUGUUUACGUAUCAUAAGGAUUCAUACUGCCAUUGGUUUAGCAGCUUUAAAUGUGACAACUAUUCUGGAUUCCGAUUGGUUGGAAUUCUUAUGGGACUAGCUGUUUAUAACAGCAUUGCUUUGGAUAUUCGUUUCCCCCGCUGCUGCUACAAGAAAUUAUUGAGCCCUCCCAUCAUUCCUAAUGACCAAAAUACGCCAGUAGGCAUCUGCCGUGUUACCACUGAUGACCUGAGUCAAAUUAUGCCUGAGUUGGCCCAUGAAUUAAGUGAACUCCUGUCAUACAAAGGCAAUGUUGAAGAAGAUUUCUAUUCAAUAUUUCAGGUGUUUCAAGAAGAAUUCAGAAUAAUUAAGUCCUAUAAUUUAAAGCCAGGUGGUGAUAAAAUUCCAGUUACCAAUCAAAAUAGGAAAGAAUAUGUACAGCUUUAUAUUGACUUUCUUCUCAACAAAUCCAUCUAUAAGCAGUUUGCUGCAUUUUAUUAUGGAUUUCACAGUGUGUGUGCUUCAAAUUUCCUAAUGCUUCUUCAUCCAGAAGAGGUUGAAAUUCUGGUCUGUGGAAGUCCUGAACUGGAUAUGCAUGCCCUGCAGAGAAGUACUCAGUAUGAUGGCUAUGCAAAAACCGACUUGACUAUACAAUACUUUUGGGAUAUUGUGCUUGGAUUUCCUCUUGACCUUCAAAGGAAGUUGCUACAUUUUACCACAGGAAGUGACAGAGUACCUGUAGAAGGAAUGGCUGACUUGAACUUUAAAAUCUCAAAGAAUGAAACUUCAACUAACUGGUUGCCUGUGGCCCACACCUGCUUCAAUCAACUUUGCCUUCCCCCCUACAAGAACAAAAAGGACCUGAAACAGAAAUUGAUUAUUGGAAUUUCAAAUUCAGAAGGUUUUGGACUUGAGUAA